AUGAAAGAUAUUCAGUCUCAAAAGACUUCAAAAGAUGAGCUUCUAAUUGAUACAUCAACAGUGCCUGUGGCAUUUCAGGAUGAUAGCAAUGACAUUCAUCUAGAUGAAGCAAAUCAACCACAAUUUGCACCUCUAAAUAAGAAAAAAUCAACAUAUAAGAGAUUAGAUAUGACUUCUGUAAGAAUUCCAUAUCAUAGAAUGUCACCAUUAAAGGCAAAUUGGUCAAAAAUCUAUCCUCCAUUAGUAGAACAUUUAAAAUUACAAGUGAGGAUGAAUUUGAAAAAUAAAACAGUUGAUUUGCGAACAAGCAUUUAUACAGAAAUGCCAGAAUCACUGCAAAAAGGAGCAGAUUUCAUAAAAGCAUUUGCAAUAGGGUUUGAUGUAAAUGAUGCAAUUGCUAUGAUACGAUUAGACGAUAUUUAUCUUGAUACAUUUGAGAUUAAAGAUGUAAAAACACUUGAGGGCCAGCAUUUGUCCAGAGCGAUUGGAAGAAUCGUUGGGAAGGAUGGAAAAACAAAGUUUGCAAUUGAAAAUGCAACGCAAACAAGAAUCGUAGUUGCAGACACCAAAAUUCAUAUUCUUGGAAAAUUUUUGAACAUUAAUAUAGCACGAAAUUCGGUAGUCAGUCUUAUUCUAGGAAGCCCAGCAGGAAAAAUAUAUUCAAAUCUCAGAAAUGUUUCUGCAAGACUAAAAAAUGCAUUUUAA